UUUCGCCUCACUUGUCACAGUCACCUUUGCAAAACACAAUUUUUAUGAGAAUUUUCUGCGGAUAAUAUUCGAGGAUGUUGCUCGUGUCUGCCUUCCAAAGAUUAUCCCUUUCCUCGACGACACUUACGAGAGGCAUCCACACAUCGAGUGCUUUGCUGUUCCGAGGCACUCCCGUGCUCUGCGCUGAGCCUCUGAAGAAGAAAAAGAAGAUCGAUCCAGCAAUUUUGAAGGCUCGGGAGGAGCGACGACGUAAAAAAUUGGAAAAAGCUAUCCGUAAAUUGGAGAGAAAUGAGAAACAAUUGAAACCGAUCGAGGAAUGUGAGGUUUCUUUAACUCUAAAAGACGAGCAAAAGCAACGUGAACGUAAAUUAGCCCCUUUGACAGACGAAAUCAAGGAACAACGUGCCGCUUUGAUCAAAGAAUGGUGCAAUUAUCGCAACGAACAAAAAGUUCGCGAUGUUCAACUCAUGGAAAUGCUGAAUCAGUCACACAUGAAGGCCUUACAAGAGCUGCGGGCCGUUUCGGAAGACCUGUAUCAAGAAGCAAUUCAACCGGAUCACACUUUUAUUCCGUUUUUCACGAAAAUGCUCGUUGCGACGCCUCCCAUAGACAAUUACGAGAGUCCUGACGGCGAAUAUAUCGACAUUUCCAAAAAGUGGGAAUAGAAAAUGGGGGAUUUUAGAAUAAAAAUAGCGCAGUUUGAGUGAAAUUUA